UACAUCUUGAGGUGAGUGCCAGUAGAUGCGGUGACACGUCAGUGGUGAAGGUUGUGUGGCGAUGGUCAGCUCACACCCGGCCGCAGGAGUCUCCCCACUGGCCACUGUGCUCGGGGAUGCUCGCCCACCGCCUCGCACCUCAGUAGAGCGUUGCAAGCUCGCCUGGCAUUGCGUGGUGGUUGCGUUACCUUGCCUUACUUACAUGCAGGAUUAUAUGCCAGCUCAAACGUUGCUGACUGUUAAUAAUGCACUGCUUAUCUAACGAAAAUAUCCAUAAUAAUUCGGUCACAAAAAGUAUCAAAUCUAUAUUUGGGUUCGUCAAGAGCAACUCACAUGUGAACCCGGAAUGCAGGAGGAGGCGCCUAUUGGUUGGGGGCGGGUCUUGGGCGGAGCGUGAUUGGUUGUGGGGCGGAGCGAGGGCGUGACGCAUUGCGUAGCUCCGCCUCUCGAGAGAGUGCGCAGCGCCCCGGGGCGGUGCUCGUGACAGCUCAUUCAUUUGUGGCGGCGGGCGGCGUGAUUGACAGCAGUUGGGGUCCAGUGACAGGCGGACACGCACGCCGCUCCGCUCUCAGUCGCCUCAUGUCGAUUGACGUGUUGACGCGCGGUGCAGGUACGGCGCGGUACUAGACGGUGCAGUGCGGUGCGCGGGUGGGCGUGUAGUGACUCUUGCGGCGCGACAUUGUAGUGGUGUACCGAGUGAAGCAAGCACAGUACUCUUGGGUGACAUGGCUCAGCCUGCCAGGUACGACGACGGGCUGGGGCACUACGGUGGCGGCGGCGCGAGUAUGGAGGCUGUGGCCAACAUGUACGGCGAUCCGCACCGCAGCGCGGCGGCGGCAGCGGCUUUACAACCAUCUCUCAUGAGCCACAUGAACCAUGUGGGUGGUGCCGCCCACAACGCGGCCAUGUACGCCCACUCACAAGCCUCUAACCAUGUGGCGGCAAACCACGUGAUGGGUUCCGUGCCCGACGUACACAAACGCGACAAAGACCUUAUAUAUGGGCAUCCGCUGUUCCCCUUGUUGGCGUUGAUCUUCGAGAAGUGUGAGCUGGCGACGUGCACCCCGCGGGAGCCCGGAGUGGCGGGCGGCGACGUCUGUUCCUCAGAGUCCUUCAAUGAGGACAUCGCAGUCUUCUCCAAGCAGAUUAGACAAGAGAAGCCAUAUUAUCAGGCAAACCCAGAGCUUGAUAGCUUA